GUGGCCAUAAAGUCCAUCCGUAAGGAGAAGAUUAAAGACGAUCAGGAUCUGAUCCACAUUCGGCGGGAGAUCGAGAUCAUGUCGUCGCUCAGCCAUCCUCACAUCAUCUCCAUAUAUGAAGUGUUCGAGAACAAGGAUAAGAUCGUGAUCGUGAUGGAGCUGGGCAGUAAAGGAGAUCUGUACGACUACAUGAGCGAGAGACAGCGCAUCUCUGAGGCCGAAGCCCGACUCUUCUUCAGACAGAUCGUCUCUGCCGUGCAAUACUGCCAUCGCAACGGGAUUGUUCAUCGUGACCUGAAGCUGGAGAACAUCUUGCUGGACGACGACGGCAAUAUAAAAAUCGCGGACUUCGGGCUGUCGAACCUGUACCGGGGCGACCGGUUCCUGCAGACGUACUGCGGCAGCGCCCUCUACGCCUCGCCCGAGAUCGUGAACGGCCGGCCCUACAGGGGCCCGGAGGUGGACAGCUGGUCCCUGGGCGUGCUGCUCUACACGCUCGUCCACGGAGCCAUGCCGUUCGACGGACACGACCACAAGCAGCUGGUGCAGCAGAUCAGCAGCGGGAACUACCGCAGACCCGCCAGACCGUCCGACGCGUGUGGUUUGAUCCGCUGGAUGUUGAUGGUGAACCCAGACCGUAGAGCUACGCUGGAUGAGAUCGCGGGUCACUGGUGGCUCAACUGGGGCUAUCAGCUCCCCCUGCAGGCUCAGAACGACACCGCAGCGGUGUGUCCGACACAUGUAGCGUCUCAAACCAGCGGCCCGACUCGCAUCGCCGACUGGCUACGCCGCACCUCGCGCCCUCUCCUGGAAAACGGUUCUAAGAUGCGUUGCCUAUUGCGUACGGGCGGAGGAGAACCAGUACAGCGACAGCGCUCAAUACGCAGGUCGCGCAAAGAAAACAACGUUUCGCAAACAAUGCAGGAAUCACCUCGCCCGUUUAAAGGCAUCCUGAAGAAGCGUGGAAGUCUAAAACAGAAACUGGCCCCCGGGGACUCCCAGGCUACGCCCUUGGAGGAGAAAACCAACAACUCUUUGGCUCCGCCUCCUCCGCCUAAAGGCAUCCUGAAGAAGCCUUCCGAAGGCGAGUCGGGAUACUACUCCUCAUCCCCGGAGGGAAGUUACGACUCCGGGCAGACUCUCGGGAACGCGUCGCCUGCACAGAACCGCAAGGGAAUCCUCAAACGCCACGGCAAGUUUUCCGGAGGACUCCAGGGAUUCGGAUCUCUGGAUAAGCUCUCGCCGUCCGUGCCCUCGGUGGUCAACAAGUCCCGACCGAGAGGAGCAAUCAGCGAGGACAGCAUUCUCUCCUCCGAGUCUUUCGACAGACUGGACCUUCCCGAUCGGGAGAUUCCCAACGCUCCGAUGGAGAGGCGAAGAAUGCGAGGAUGCGUAUCCGCUGAUAAUCUCCUCGACUUAAGAGAGGACGGGCCAGGGACUCUGCUCAAGGGACACUGGGAAAUGGACGUAGCUUGCUAUCGUGCGGGAGUGUCCGAUAGCGUGUUUUCAAUCUCCGACUGCGAGAACGUCACUCGGACUUACAAGCAAGCCUUGGGAGCGACUGCCAGCUAAGACGGACAACGACGAAUCAGCAACUCGGCUGUGCCUAGAAAGGGAAACAAAACAAGGAAAGCGUUCCUUGAACGGCUUCAGGCCAGACAGGAAGUGGGUCUUCAAGAGGACAGGAAGUCCUGCGUGAGGGGAAACAUUUCAUUCCGAGGGAACGGGAGAUUUUUGGUGCGUUUGCAACCAAAACCGCUUUUAUAAUGUAGACUUGAUUUGAGAAAAGUGCCUUUUGUUUUGUCAAAUGAUCAACAACUAACUUGUUAUCCUUUGAGAUGUUUGACGGUCACAUGACUGUUUAGGGUGUCGGCUAGACAAAAAGUGCCAAAGAUCCAUCGUGAAUUUGUUUUAAAGGUGAAUAUUGGUGGUAGAUGACAAUAAUGUACAAGAACACGUGCAGGAAAACUCAAAACGGCUCAAUUUGAAAAGAUUGCCUUAAGCUUUCCUUAAGAUCGUUCCCGCCGAAUUUCUGACCUUUUAGGGUCAAAAAGUACCAAAGACGCACUGUGAACUUAGAUCAUGUUUGUUUUAAAGGUGAAUAUUGCUGGUAGAUGACAAAAAUGUACAAGUACACGAGCAAAAACUCAAUUGGCAAAGAUCGACUAAAGUGUUUAAGAUCGUUCCCGCCAAUUUUUGAGUUUUACAACAUGCCAUUAUUGACACGUGUGCGACGGAUACAGUAAACUACUGUCUUUUUAUGACUUUAUGUAGUCUAGACAUGUUUAAAUUGUGCAGAUAGGAGUUUAUUAGGAUGGUGAAGUGCGCCGUGACCUCCCCACACAAUAGGAUUACACUAAAAGUGGAUUUUUUGUCUCCGAAUCCUUUUGAGAAAUGUGUUGAAAUGGUUUUGGGCAUCUAAACGUUUACUUCCAGUGGUAAAGGCAAGUUACGAGUGGGAAAGAGUGAUAUUUCAGUGUCAUAACAGGGUGUUUAUCAGUAAAUCUGCUUGUCUUGAGUGUCUAAACUCUUCAUACAGUAUUGGUAAGAGUCCAUUAGAGAUCUUGUCAGGGGUUUUAAUGGUUAUUAAGGGUUUUCUUCUGUUUGGUGCCAUAUUUGUUUGAGUUUCUGUAUGUUUAUUUGCCAAAGUGCCUGCUCUAUAAGCCCUGACGUCUGCUUGAAUCAGUGGACCAAUAAAACAGCACAAAUUAAGUUGAAAA